GUCAGUGCAGUUUUUAUUCAUGGGAAAUAAUCCAUCUACUACCAGUAAUCAUUCGUAAGAGGGCACUGCUCUGUUUCGUACUUCCGGGUCUGUGAUAGUGUUGAUCAUGGCAGCCACAUUAAAACCAUAUCUUCAGGCAGUCAGGCAUUCACUGACGGCAGCCAUGUGUCUACAGAACUUUGACUCUCAGAUUGUUGAAAGACAUAAUAAACCAGAAGUUGAAGUAAAAAGCAGUAAAGAACUGUUGCUGUCUCCUGUUGUGAUUAGCAGAAAUGAAAAAGAAAAAGUGUUAAUAGAAGGUUCUAUAAAUUCCCUCAGGAUCAGCAUAGCAGUAAAACAGGCUGAUGAGAUAGAAAAGAUCUUAUGUCACAAGUUCAUGAGAUUUAUGAUGAUGAGAGCUGAAAGUUUUGUUGUGCUUCGGCGUAAGCCUGUUGAGGGUUACGAUAUUAGCUUCCUGAUUACAAACUUUCACGCAGAACAAAUGUACAAACACAAGCUAGUAGAUUUCAUCAUUCAUUUCAUGGAAGAGAUAGACAAAGAAAUCAGUGAAAUGAAAUUGGCAGUUAAUUCUCGGGCCAGAAUAAGUGCGGAAGAAUUUUUGAAGCAUUUUUAGUUACCAUUACCCAAGAACUUUUUUUAUAAUGAUGCCAUCUAUAUUGAAAUAUCAAGUUCUAAACAUCAGAAUAGACUGUAGAAUGCCUUCAUAUGAACUGUUUAUCACACUGUUAUGCAAGUGGUUAUGUUUUGGAUAAACAGUUACCAGGCAUCAACAUCUUUUUUUAAUUGAAUGAGAACAUUUUUGUAUAGGACCAGCUGAAUGAACACAUUUAUUAUCCUGAUUUUGACUUUUUUCCUUUGAUAUAUCAAAAAAAUAUUACAUGAGUAACCAUUUGAUAUCAUUUAUCAUGAGUUGUUUUAAAACAAAUCCAAUAAGCAAUAGUGAUAAAUUGUACCUACGGGACACAAGUGUAGUAUUCUGUUUCUUGAACAUAUCCUCAUAGACCAAAUUGAAAACAAAUUUAAAAUGUCUUUUCUAGCUAAAACUUAUUUACAAUGCCUGUGCUUGUACUGGAAGAAAUCGGUUGACGGUUUGUCUCUGACAUCACUAUGGAGCAGCUAACAUAAUAUAUUUGAUAACACUGUGUGAUAUUAUAAAUCUCGCACUGUGUUCUCUCAAAUGGUUGUGUGACCAAAAUGACAUCCAGUCACAUUUGAAAAUGAUCUGUGUCCCCUCAAUGAACUGUAUUGAACUUGUACAUCAAUUGGUGUUUUGAAAUAGAAAAUCAUAAAGAUUAGCUUAAAGGCACAUACCUUAGUCUCAGCCCGUGAAAAUUAACACUAAGUUUAGUUAAUCUACAAACCUGUAACACAUUUAGAUAAAGUUACAGUUGAGUGAAACAUGAGUGUGUCUUUGAAAUGGUGAAAUACCCUCUUAAAAAUAGACUAAAACUCGGCUCCAUAUCUUAUUUCUCAAGACUCACAUGUGUUUUAAAAAUGUAAUAUGAUAAACACAUUUUGUGAUAUUAAAAACACCAGGAUGACCAAAAACACUUCGAAUGUACGCAAAUGGAUUAUUUAAACAAUAAAAUCUAAGUGAAGUAUGAUUUCAGUUAUGAAAAAUGGCUAUAAUAGUUUUAAAGAUAUGCCUUAGUGUUUAAAAACUAGGGUAUGUCCCUUUAAGGUGUAUUCACCAUGGGCUACUGAACACCGAGUAUAAUUUAGUUUAGUACCUCUUUUUUUUUAAUGGUUCAACACAGGACUCUGAAAAUUGUGAGAAUGAUAGUUUCGUUCGUACAUCGCUUGUGCUUGUCUAGUUUUGCAUAACCCAUGUUUCUUUUGUCCAUUAGAUACAGGACAUCAUUCACAUUUGUCUUGAUACUUUACGCAAAAACAAAAUUGGUUACCUGUAUUUGUUUUGGGGUAACCUAUAAAUUAUUUAUGCCAUUUUACAAUUCUCAGAGGCCUACAACUAGAGCUGGGUGAUGUUCGGUAUCGGUAUCAUGUCGACUAGAGCUGGGUGAUGUUCGGUAUUGGUAUCAUGUCAACUAGAGCUGGGUGAUGUUCGGUAUCGGUAUCAUGUCGACUAGAUCUGGGUGAUGUUCGGUAUCGGUAUCAUGUCGACUAGAGCUGGGUGAUGUUCGGUAUCAGUAUCAUGUCGACUAGAGCUGGGUGAUGUUCGGUAUCGGUAUCGUGUCGACUAGAGCUGGGUGAUGUUCGGUAUCGGUAUCGUGUCGAUACUGAUUUACCACACCGAGCGGUUUUCUAAAUAUCAAAAUUUCGGUAUUGAAAAAUGCUUCCCGCCAUUUAGUAUAGCACUAACAAUAUAUCUGAUGAACACAAAAUGAUAUAAAUCAGAUCAGAGCCUUGUGUAGCUAUGGAAUUUAAUUUUAUUUAGAUGAAAUUAGCGGGUGAUCCUCAACUCUGGCAUGCAUUUAAAGCAGAAAAUACUGCUUAAUAUUGGUAUUGGUAUUUUGUCAAUACCGAAUACUGUACCGAUACAGAGGUAAAUCACACCAAAAAUACUGAUAUUUAUACCGAACCUCCCAAUUUCAAUACAUCCCAGCUCUACCUGCAACAUGACAAUGCAUCGUUGUGGUUUCAACAGAUAUUAUAUAUUUUGAGCAUGUACAUUUAUCUCUGAAGCAGGCUUUGUGCUACAAUAAUAAACUACAUGUAUUCCU